UGUUUUCUGACCUGGUGUUCUGUAAUGUUUUUUGUUCUACCCAAGUAUUAAUAUGUGUUUUGACUAAAUUAACACCUACGAUAAAAGGGGCGUUGUGUAGGGGGCAAGGGAGAGUUAGUUUCAUUUUAUAGAUAAUGAGGCUUGGAAUACUAUGAAAAGGUGGAUGAGGAAGUGCUGGAAACCAUUGCUGGGUGCUGCACACGUUGCUGGAACCUGGCCCCGGCCUUGUGUUCCCGUCCCACGGGCAGAGCAGCAGCUGUGUCCCACCUUGUGGCAGGGGGACCAGGCCCGUGCAUCCUACAGCUAGGAAGUGGGCUCUUCUGUCUCCAAAACCAAAUCUUCAUAGAACUGAAAAUUGAGUGUCAGGAGUGAAUGGUAUUUUUGAGAGCACCAUUGGGGAGUGCGGCCCAGAAGGUCCGGGAGCUUGGUGGUCUGGUCUGCUGCAGGGGGCCUGCGCUGAGUGAGCAGCCUCUGUCCGGGGGAGCCCUGAGGGCAUUGGGGCGGUGGCAUUCAUUCCAGGUGUCGUGUCCCCUGCUGCAGGCGGGGCUGGGCAGAGCCACUGAAGGCCAGUCAAGACUUUCUGCUGGUUGUAUGGGGAUGAGAAGUCCUUCACUUGCUUUCUUGGUCAGAACUGCUGCGGGUCCGUGGGACUCCGUGUGCUCAUUUACCAGAGCGGAAACCUCAGGACAUUGAGCUGGCUGGUGAGGUGUCGCCAGUGGUUGGCUUCUGCUCCUGAAAGCCCAGGCUUGGGAGGCAGGCUUGUUGGCUACAUUCAGCUUUAGUGAGGUAGACCAUGUAUUUGGGUGAGUUUCCUGUGUGUGUCGCACUGGGUGCCAUACCUGUUACAGAACGUGGAGACUGGUCUUCCUUGCAUAUUGUGGCACCACGAACUUACCUAUUCCAGUGACUCCCAGGGAACCCACCCCAAAACGUGCUUACUGUUGCCCAGCGUGGGGCACAGCUUUUCACGUUUCAUCACACUGUCUCUGAGGGAAACACAGCUGUUCUCAUCUUACCAGUGAGAAAACUGAGGCACAGUAAGGUCUCCACCAAGUGAGGGUCAGACUUCGGGUUGCCCACAGUGGGGACUGUGUUCAUUGGGCGUGAUGGACACACACUCCAUGCACAGUGUUCCCCAGGACCAACAGGAACACGGUCCCUGUCUGAGGAAGUUGCUGGGCCACGGGGGAGCUGUGUCUGCAGCCAGUUCCAGAGACACACGGGACCUGUACCCAACAGGAGCAGGAUUCAGGGGGAGCGGCUCACAUGCGCAGUCAGCUGGAGGGGCAGAGGUAGAAGGAGCAGUGAUGUGAGGUGCAUGGGGGACAUAGGGGCAUGGGAGUCACCCACAGGUGACAAAUGUGCACCCUCACUUCGAGGCCCCUGCUACUCUAGCAAGAGCUAGGGUCACUUCCUGGUAGUUUGUUCUCUUGCUUGGAAUGACAGUGUGUGUGUCUCCUUGCCUGGUUUUGGCUGAUGUGGUAAAGAAUCUGAGGCCACACAACCCAUAAUUUGGUUAGCUGUUGUAUAAAAUUUGGUGAUAAAGUGUUAACUUAAUAGAACACCUCUUAUUUUUUUCCCUCUGAAGUUGGCUUGGUUGCCUAUAAAGUUUGCUAGUAAACCUAAGAAGUACGCCUGCUUUGCAUUUUGUUACCUCUCUACUUCAAAGGCAUCCCAGCUUUGAUAUGGGGCUGUGGUCCAGUGACAAGUGCUGUGCCCCUGUGGCACAGAGCGCACACGAGAUGCUCGCCCACAGCACUUGGUAGCCCUCCAGGAUUGGUAGCAGUCUCUGCAUCGUUCGUUCACAGUGGUGGCCUUCGAAGGGUCCUGGGCAUCAGUAGGGCAGGAGAGUCAAGGUCGUUUGCAUACUUUUUCCUUGAGAGUAAAUGUUUUGGUUUGAAUCUACAUAUCAGUUAAAGCCCAAGGGUCCUAAUAAUAGAGAAGUAACAGAAACACCAUGGUGUGCGCAGCUACUUGAGAUCAUGGAACUUGAAUUCACUCGAAUGUAGCAUUGAUAAUCAUGGGCAGAAACAAGUAAUCUUAUGUAGAAAGAGGGGGAGAGAAACCUGGACUCUGGUUGUCCCCAAGCAUAGAGCAGUGUGCUUGGUGUUGAGGAAGCACGGGCAAGUUGGACACCCUGAGCAGAGCCCCUGAGUGAAGCUGGGCCAGUGACAGCUCCCAGCACCCACCGUCGUGCUCGGGCGCCCUGGGCAGCACAGCUGGUUCUGGAAGCAACAGGACUGCCCUGAUGCUGUCAGAUUUCAGGUGAAAAGAAGAAAAGGCAGAGCUGGAUCUGGGUUCCUGACAGCCAGAGAAUUGUUGAAGUAGCAAAUGCAGGGUCUUUGAUUUCUUUGGAUUUCUUUGUUCAUGGAGCAUUGCUCACCCAACCCUGGGCCUGGGAAUUAGCUGUGUGCCCAGUCUAGUCUUUCGGGUGCAGUAAAAUUGUAUGGCUUUGAACCUGCAGUUCUGUGUCCUCAGCAUUAAUGACCCAGGCUGACCUUGGCGCCCUUCUGUCUGCCAGCUUGGGUGUGCACACCUCAUGGGAAGGGUUUCAAGGAUACUCUGCAGCUGCACUAGGAGGGCAUCCUGUUAUUUUUUCCCCCCAUUUUAUGAAUAAGGACGUUUCUACACUGAGGGGUCAAAGGGCCCAAAGAACCUAGAAGCUGGCAGUGCUUGAGCCAGGGUUGGACCUCCACUGCAGGCACUAGGGCCAGCGCUGUGUCCCAGCACCCCCAAGGGUUAUGCACAGCACAGAAGGACACGCAGGGAUGCUCACAUGGGGUAUGUCAGGAGCACUCCGACAGGGCGUGGGAGUUACCAAUGGCCUGGACGUCUGUGCCGUGGGGUGCUGUGGGACCAUCAGAUGUUUGCUGGAGCUCUGUGUCUGUGUGGACUGACCGUCAUCGUUGAGAGAAUAGAGACAAGGAAAUCACAGGUAUGGUAUGCUUUCCUUUACGGAUCUAUGCAGAGACUUCUGGAAGGAGAUUCCUUGCUGGGUAUUAACCUGCAGAUGAUUUUUUUAAUAAUUUUUUUUUAGUCUUUGGGUUUUUGAAAAUUAAUACAUCAUUGUUACCAAAAGGUGGGGCUAUUGUAAAAAAAUAAAUUCAGAUGUGGGAGAAGCUACUAUAAUUGAUGUUCCGAAGUUUUCCGGGCAGUUCACAGGUGAGGGCACUAGUGACUAGGUACCAUUGAGGCUUGAGCGACAGCAGGUGAGAACUGUGUGUUUAGGGUUCUGUGAGGAGCAGCUCUAGAGUUGGGGGACCCAGGAUACCCUGUGCCCCUUGCCUCGCAGGUGCUGGUCUGUGCUCUGCUGAGUCUGGAAACCGUAUAGAGAGGUUUUCCUCAGUUGGCUUCCAAGGACAGAGGGGGACACUGGGCCUCUCUGGCUUCUUAACUGAAACAGCACAGGAUGACAUGGUGCACAGGUCUUGUGAGCUGCAUGCACAGCCACCUUCUUAGGAGGUGAGAGCUGGUGGCCAUGUUCUUCUAGGAGCAACUUGAAGCAAAAACAGCUACAGGGAGUCUCAGGGACUUUGCAGAAGGGUGUGUCUGUUUCUGAGGGGUUGUGUCCCACCCAGGAAUAGUACCUGUCCUUCCAUGGCUGGUUGUCACCAUCCCCAAGCUUGUGUUUCUUGCCCCGAAGUCCCUGCCUUCCCCUUGGUCUCUGGACACCUGCUCCAAGGGGACGCUGACUCCACCUUCUGUUCAGCUUGCACGUUGAGAUGCAGUGAUUACUUUUGUUCUGUAGGUUUAAGUUUAAAACCAGUACUGAACUCAGGGGCUUCCCUGCCCUGGGCCUGGCACCGUUGGCCUCGCCCUUGUGUCAGCUGGAAGGUGAGGCUCGGGGGCUGCUGCCCUGUUGCUUACAGUUGCUUUGUCUUUGGUGGUUGUCACUGCCCUGCCGAGACACUGAGUUACAAUGAGUUCUUUACAUGGAAAUGCUGGAAAUGAUUUUUCAUAUUAUUUUAUGAAAUGGUAAAAAUGGGAUCAAUGUGUGUUUGGUUUCAAUAGCUACUCUGACCUACGACACUCUUCGAUUUGCUGAGUUUGAAGAUUUCCCGGAGACCUCAGAGCCUGUGUGGAUACUGGGUAGAAAAUACAGUAUUUUCACAGAAAAGGAUGAGAUCUUGUCCGAUGUGGCAUCCAGACUUUGGUUUACAUACAGGAAGAACUUCCCAGCCAUUGGGGGCACUGGCCCCACCUCGGACACAGGCUGGGGCUGCAUGCUGCGCUGCGGACAGAUGAUCUUUGCCCAGGCCCUGGUGUGCCGCCAUUUAGGCCGAGAUUGGAGGUGGACCCAGCGGAAGAGGCAGUCUGAUAGCUACUUCAAUGUCCUCAACGCGUUCAUCGACAGGAAGGAUAGUUACUACUCCAUUCACCAGAUAGCACAAAUGGGAGUUGGCGAGGGCAAGUCCAUCGGCCAGUGGUACGGGCCCAACACUGUUGCCCAGGUGCUCAAGAAACUGGCUGUCUUCGACACCUGGAGCGCCUUGGCAGUCCACAUAGCCAUGGACAACACGGUGGUGAUGGAGGACAUCAGAAGGUUGUGCAGGGGCAGCCUUCCAUGUGCGGGGGCCACCGCACUUCCCACGGAUUCCAGCCGGCACUGUAACGGCUUCCCGGCGGGAGCAGAGGUCACCAACAGGCCGGCACCAUGGAGACCCCUGGUGCUUCUCAUCCCUCUGCGCCUGGGGCUCACAGACAUCAACGAGGCCUAUGUGGAGACGCUGAAGCGCUGCUUCAUGAUGCCUCAGUCCCUGGGAGUGAUCGGAGGGAAGCCCAACAGCGCUCACUACUUCAUCGGCUAUGUGGGUGAGGAGCUCAUCUACUUGGACCCGCACACGACGCAGCCUGCGGUGGAGCUGACUGACAGCUGCUUCAUCCCGGACGAGAGCUUCCACUGCCGCCACCCGCCCAGCAGGAUGGGCAUCAGCGAGCUCGACCCAUCCAUUGCCGUGGGCUUCUUCUGUAAGACUGAGGACGACUUUGAUGACUGGUGCCAACGAGUCAGACAGCUGUCAUUGCUUGGAGGUGCCCUACCCAUGUUCGAGCUGGUGGAGCAGCAGCCUUCCCACCUGGCCUGCCCCGACGUCCUGAACCUGUCCUUAGAUUCUUCUGACGUAGAGCGACUGGAAAGAUUCUUUGAUUCAGAAGAUGAAGACUUUGAAAUCUUGUCUCUUUGA